GUGUGUGUGGGUCUGUGUGUGGGUCUCGUCACGAAGGAGGCAAGAAGGAGAGUGAAGGAGGCGGAAGAGGUGAAAGAACCGGAACCCGGGGAGGAACCUGUAGAUGACUGGAAGCUUAAAAAAAAAUCCCAUUCGGUUCGAUCCCGCGUCGUCGUCUGCGUCUGUUCUGCCUUCCGACGGGGGACUGAAAUAGAAGUUGGCAAGCCGACAAGGAUCGUGCUGGAGUUCUCGUGCCGCGUCAGUCUUUCACGGCGUCUCGACAUGAUGUCCACGGCGAAUCCCUCUCCCAAGAUCGGGAAACCCAAGACAAAUCGAAAGUUUUACCAUCCAACUCAGGACGAAGACGAAGAUCUGUUGACGAGAUGGCAGCCACAGGACCUGAAAGCUUUGGGGCUGAGAACGAAGUUCACCGAGCGAGAACUGAAAAAGCUCUACCGCGGUUUCAAGAACGAGUGUCCGUCUGGCAUAUUGAAAGAGGAUCGCUUCAGGCAAAUCUAUGCUCAAUUCUUUCCUGCAUCCGCUAGAACGAGAAAGUACGCUGAACUCAUCUUCAAGACCUUGGAUGUUGCAGGAACGGGAAUCGUCACCUUUGAGGACUUCGCAGUCACAUUUUCUUUCCUGACGCGUGGCACGUUGGAGGAAAAGUUGCGUUGGAUAUACAAACUCUACGAUCAAAACCACGAUGGGAAAAUCACCGAAGAAGAUAUCCAUGAAGUUGCAGUUGCAGUCUCGAAUUUGUUAGGAGGCAGCACCACCGUCCCCCAUUCUAUUCAACGCCGAGUCCAGGAACUUUGGACCGUAUGUUCCAUCUUUGUUGCUCAACUUCAACUUGUUGCAUUCGAAUGUCGUUAA